AAAAAAAAAAAAAAAAAGUAAAAGGAGAGAGAAGUCUUUCAGUACCCUUCCAAGGACAAAGUGAACGCUAACCCCUUCCCGUCUUCUUACGUCCGUCACCUGCGCGUAGAGGAAGAACGGAAGUGAAACUCAUUCGGCGAGAAUUCAGAUUUCAGAGCCAUGUCUCUUAAUCUUCGUCAGAAGCAAACCGAAUGCAUAGCCCGCAUGUUGAAUCUGAACCAACCGAUUAACGCAACAGGCACCACAAACGAAGAGGUGUACAAGAUACUGAUCUACGACAAGUUCUGCCAAAACAUUCUUUCCCCGUUGAUCCAUGUUAAGGACCUCCGCAAGCAUGGCGUAACCCUUUACUUUCUCAUUGACAAGGACCGAAAACCUGUCCAUGAUGUGCCUGCUGUCUAUUUCGUUCAACCUAAUCAAUCAAAUAUCCAGCGGAUCAUCGCUGAUGCAUCCCGCUCACUCUAUGAUAGUUUUCAUCUCAAUUUCUCGACCUCCAUUCCUCGUCCACUUCUCGAGGAUCUUGCAUCUGGGACUUUGAAUUCAGAUUCAAUUCGUCGGAUAUCCAAGGUGCAUGAUCAGUACUUGGAGUUCGUGACAUUGGAAGAUAAUUUGUUUUCCCUGGCUCAAAAGUCCACCUAUGUCCAAUUGAAUGAUCCUUCAGCUGGAGAUCGCGAAAUUGAGGAGAUUAUCGAGACGGUUGUUAGCGGUUUGUUCUGUGUUUUAGCUACGCUUGCUGUUGUGCCAAUCAUAAGGUGUCCACGCGGUGGUCCUGCAGAGAUGGUUGCAUCAGCAUUGGAUCAGAGAUUGCGAGACCAUAUGUUGGCAAAGAACAAUUUGUUUACAGAGGGCGGUAGUUUUGUUAGCUCCUUUCAGCGCCCAGUUUUGUGCAUAUUUGAUAGGAAUUUUGAGUUAUCAGUUGCUAUACAGCACGAUUUUCGUUACCGACCCCUUGUUCAUGAUGUUCUUGGAUUGAAGCUGAAUAGGUUAAGUGUGCAAGGAGAAAAAGGUGGGAUAAGAUCUUAUGAAUUGGAUAGUUCAGACUCAUUUUGGGUUGCAAAUGGAUCAUUAGAAUUUCCUGAAGUUGCAGUGGAGAUUGAGACCCAGCUGAGUAAGUAUAAGAAAGACGUGGAUGAGGUAAAUAAGAGGACUGGUGGAACUAGUGGUGCAGAAUUUGAUGGCACAGACUUGAUUGGUAACACAAAGCAUUUGAUGAAUGCUGUGAAUUCGCUGCCCGAGCUCACUGAAAGAAAACAGGUGAUUGAUAAGCACACAAACAUUGCUACUGUGUUGUUGGGUGAGAUCAAGGAGAGAUCAUUGGAUUCUUAUGCAAAAAAGGAAAAUGACAUGAUGAUUAGAGGGGGUGUUGAACGUAAUGAACUACUUGCUGUGCUCAGAGGGAAGGGGACAAAGAUUGAUAAGCUUCGCUUUGCCAUCAUGUAUCUAAUUUCUUCUGAAAGCAUUAAUCAGUCAGAAGUGGAAGCUGUGGAAACGGCACUGAGAGAAUCUGAGGUUGAUAUUGCUGCUUUUCUGUAUGUGAAGAAGAUCAAAUCAUUGAAUGUUUCAUUGGCAUCUGCAAAUUCUGCUAGCAGAAGUAAUAUUGUUGACUGGGCUGAGAAACUCUAUGGGCAGUCAAUUAGUGCAGUGACAGCUGGUGUCAAGAAUCUCUUAUCUAAUGACAGGCAGCUAGCGUUGACAAGGACAGUUGAAGCCUUGACUGAAGGGAGGCCUAAUCCUGAAGUAGAUUCAUACCUUGCUUUUGAUCCUCGUUCUCCUAAGUCUGGAUCAGCUGGCGGCAGCCAUUUGAAAGGACCAUUUAAGGAGGCAAUUGUGUUCAUGAUUGGCGGUGGUAAUUAUGUCGAGUAUGGCAGUCUACAAGAGCUUGCGCGGCGUCAGCAGCCUGUCAAGCACGUUAUAUAUGGAACAACAGAAAUUCUCACUGGUGAGGACUUCGUAGAGCAGCUAACAAUGUUGGGACAGAAGAUGGGUUUGGGUACUGCUGGAUCUUCAGCUCAAUAGUUCAAAGGAAAUUGUAUACCCAUUCCAGAAGGCCAAAUUGUUGAUGAACACAGACAUGGAGGUAAUGUACCAGCAAAGUCAAUAUUCAUUUCAUAUUCACUGUCUGAAAGGGAUUCAGGAUCUCAGGCAAUACAUUUCUUCCUUGUUGUAAAGGAAUUGGAUUGCAGCUUGCUGUCUUCCUAGUUUUGUGUAACAGCUGUUUAUGUGUCAUUUUUAUUUCAUUGAUUUUUGUCUGUUUCUUUUAAAUUUUCCGCCUUCUAAUGUGCAAUCCUGCAAGCAAGAGUAAUAUUAGAUGGUGCUUACGAAAGUUUACUUUGAA